UCCUCUUCCGGUUUGAUUAAUUAGCAUUUUAGAGAAGACGGAUAGAGUUUAGUGUACAGUAAUGUAAACUGCAUUCUGAAAUUGGGUUAGGAUAUUUUUUUUCUAAAUGAACCGCUGGAAAAGGAUAUGAUAAACGAAAGCCGAAAGAUUUAUGAAAACAGGGACAGUACCACCUUGAGAACCUUACCAACUUUGGCUGUAACACUGGAUUUACCUAUUCUAAGUUUGCAGUAUUGAGAAGACGGAAGUUGGUCUGCCGUAAGAUGAGCGCACAACAGUUUCCAAGGCCCGGGGUGCCUCCUGGCUUGGGACAAGCCCUGAUAUCUGGGGGCAACACUACCGUUAUUCCAGGAAAUCAUCCAAGCACAGCAGGGACGGAAGAGAGUAGCAGUGAUGCUGACCACGGUCCUCGGGAUCACCCGUCCAGCACUGGUGGUCCGGCACCCUUCCGCGAUGACAAGCAGGAGACCGUGGUGGUUCGGCCCUACCCACAGGUCCAGGUCCACGGGCAGCCACUAACCCUCCCCCAGCACCUGUCAAUUCAGCCUGGAGCCCCUGUCACAGUGUCGGCCCCGCCCACCCACCUCCCCCAGGGCCUGCCCCUCGCUUUCACUGAGGGAACCAUGAAGGGUGCCCUGAAGACGGCGAUGCCCAGCCGCUUGAUCGCUCCGGCGCCAGCCUCCGACCCGGGGCACCUGGCUGCGCAGCCCAAGGUGCCGGGCCAGGUCGCCGUCACCAUGGACGCCGGCAUGCCGCCCACUUCGGCUAUACCGGUGGCGACUAUCAGCAGCCAACAGGGCCACGCCGGUAACCUCCACCACCUGAUGGCGGCCAACGUGCAGAUCAUUCGGAGCAGCGCGCCCGCUCUUCAGAUAACGUCCUCCGCUGCUCCUCCGCACACCUUCACGUCCCAUCUGCCCAGAGGGGCGGCUGCGGCAGCAGUGAUGUCCAGCACCAAAGGGCCUACGGUUCUCCGUCCCGCCUCAGGCCCAGGUGCUGGUGGCCAGCCUGUUGUGCAGCACAUUCUCCAGCAGCCAAUUCAGUCCCGUCCUGCUGUCACCACCUCCACGGCAGUGCCCACCGUGGUGGCCCCAAUCUCCGCCACCAGGCCCCAGUCCCCAGUCAUCACCACAGGUGUCACGCACUCUGCAGAGGUGGCUCAUGGACGCCCAGGACCGACCAUUCACCCCCAGCCAGGCGCCAUAAGCAUCCAGCGGCCUCCCCCAUCCAGGGACACAGCCACGCGCAUCACCCUGCCCUCUCAUCCCGCCAUCGGCGUGCAGAAGACCCAGCCUCCCCACACCAUGGCACAGAAGCCCAUCUUCAGCACUGUGACUCCUGUGGCCGCAGCUACGGUGGCUCCCAUCCAGGCCACCAACAUGGCUACAUCGACCGCUGCCACGGGCUCUUCGCCUCACACCCAGAUGACCACCAGCAAUAUCGUCACCAUGACGAUGCCCCCUCAUUCCUCCCAUGCCUCAGGGGUCAACACCUCCACCAUACCCGUGGCUAAAGUGGUCCCGCAGCCCAUCACGCACGCCUCCCAGCGCAUCCACGCGGACUACCCCGGAGAGAGGGGCAACCUCAUCCCCAUCUCCGCCCACCGCUCCUCCCCCAACCCCGUCACCAUGGAGGCCAGGAGCGACAGCAGGCAAUCGGUGCCGAUGCAGUUCCAGUACAUCCUGCCCACCUACCCUUCCUCUCCUUACCCGCUGACGCACACCUACACGCCCAUCACCAGCUCCGUCUCCGGCAUACGCCAGUACCCAGUGACCCCCCAGGCUCCCAGCCCGGCCAUCCCCGCCCAGGCUGGAGUGGGAGUCGCUAGCGCCGUCCACCUCAACCCCAUGCAGCUGAUGACCGUGGACCGGAUCGGCCUGCAGUCUGCGCAGCUGGGCGCGCAGGCCAUGCAGCCGGCCGCCAUGGGCGCCCCGGGCAUCCAGCAGCCGGCGCCCGUCGGAGCCCCGGGGCUCCACGCCGGCGCACCGAUCGCCGUGCAGCAAGCGCCCGUCGGCUCUCAGCAGCCUCCUCAGCCCGAGCCCAAGGCUUCAGUGGUUCUGGCGGACGGCGCCGCCCUUGUGGCCAACCCCCUCGGCGGCGGCGCCUUCGCGGGCACGCAGGCCAUCGCCUCGGCUGCGCAGUCGCUGGCGCAGAGCAGCGGCACCGCCGCGCCGGCGCCCGUGUCCUCGCCCAGGCCCAGCAUUCUCCGCAAGAAGCCCGCCAACGAGGGAUCUGCCGUUCGGAAGUCCUUGAUCCCGCCUCAGCCAAGCGAGGUCGCUGGCUGCAGAACGGACAGCGCCUCUAGAAGCACGUCAGGGUCCCCACGGCCUGCUGGUGUGAAAUCCACGGCUGACAUCCACAUGGCCGUCGCUCCCCCGGUGACGUGUCCUGUGGAGGCCCCGCCCAGUCAGGCCAGCGAGGUGCAGGGCACGCCCCCUCCUGCCCAGCACCUGACUCAGGCCAGCCCCGCCCUCUUGCCGAUGGCCGCACCCCCCUCCCAGCCCGCUGCUUCGCUGUCCUCCGUCCCGGCCAUGGCGGCCACGCCUCCCGUCCCCGCCUCUUUGGCCAAUGUCCUGGCCCAGCCCGCCCCGCCUGUAGCCAUCGGUGCAGCAGCUUCUAUCGUCAGCUCCAUCCAACCAGAGCCCAAGGUCAAACAGGAGGCGGAGCCUAUGGACACCUCACAACCAGCACCCUCCGUUACCCGCUGCGCGACCCCCGCCCUCGCCCCCCUGGGCGGCCCUCUGGGCGGCGGCGGGGACGCCAUCCUCGGCGCCUCCCCCAGGAAGAAGCCCCGCAAGCAGCAGCACGUGAUCUCCACCGAGGAGAGCGAGAUGGUGGAGGCCCACAGCACCGACGAGGAGCGGUCCUGCGCCCGCCCCCUGGGCGGCGGCUACGACAAGCGCAAGACCCCGCCCAAGGAGUACAUCGACGAGGAGGGCGUGCGCUACGUGCCGGUGCGCCCGCGUCCCCCCAUCACCCUCCUCCGGCACUACCGCAACCCCUGGAAGGCCGCCUACCACCACUUCCAGAGAUACAGCGACAUCAGGGUCAAAGAGGGGAAGAAGGGCACGCUGCAGGACGUGGCCAGUCAGAAGGCGGUGGCCUGUCGAGCGCAGGGCUACAAGAUCCGCCUAUGCGCCGCGCAGAUGCUGCAGCUGAUGAGCCUGGAGCACGACGUGUACAGCCGGCUCACCAGCCUCCAGGAGGGCCUCAUCCCAAAGAAAAGGGCGGGGGCGGACGACGACCUGCACCGCAUCAACGAGCUCAUCCAGGGAAACAUGCAGCGCUGUAAGCUGGUGAUGGACCAGGUCACGGAGGCCCGUGAAGCAAUGAUGAAGGUGCUGGACCACAAGGACCGGGUCAUGAGGCUGCUGGGCGAGAACGGAACCAAGAAGAGCUCCAAGCUGAAACACAAGGAGAGGGCGUAGGGUUUCGACUCUGCUGGGCCACUGACUCUGCUGUACACAAUCGCUGUAUCUGCCUGAACCUAUAUUAACCAACAGAGGCUCCGGUCCUAGUGAUGCUCUGAUUGGACUGGACCUGUUCUCAUAUUUAAAACGAGUCCUUUUUUGUUUUGUUUUGUUUUGUUUUUGUUUUGUUUUGUUUUUGUUUUGGUUGUACUUAAGAGGCUAGCAACUCUUAAGUGAACAAAUCUUAGACCAGCAGGUAGCUGAACUGUUGUCACCAGCUCUAUUUGAACGUAGCCUUUCAAAUGUGAUGGGGGGAAAAAAGGAUUUUCUUGACCCAUUCCAGUGCCUUGAAUUAUGGUUUGUUUGAUUGGCAGUAAUGGGAAAAGCGAUCUUAGAAACUACUGGGGGAAUGCGGUUUCCCUAAAUAUGUAAGAAUGCCGUGAGUUUUUCGAACAUCAUACUUUGCCCUGGUGUUAUUGAUCUUAAGUUGUGACCUCAGUACCAGAACGGUGAUAUGUGUUUUUAUUGGGUAAAUAGAAAUAAGAAGGGGGAGCUAGAGAGCUAGUGUCUCCAUUUAUUGGCCGCUGGAUGAAGAGUACCUCUUUAAAGGGUCCCCCAAUGCUGAAGUAUCAUGCACGGAGUGAAUCAGGUAUGAAGCACCGGGGCUAAUCUUCAUAGUCAUGCUCUCUGUGUCCUUAUCGUUCCACUCCCGUUUCAGCUGAACUUAAGUCGGCAGGAGAGUUCCAUCUCUGUCCUCAAAGCCACAGUGUCAUUUACUGAGACAUCUUGUUUACAGAACCACAUUAGUCUGAAGCUGAAUUAUUACAAUUCAAGAUAUACUGGUGCAUUAAUUGAACUUUGUAAGUUUACUUUUAUUUAAUGUGUGGGAAAAGCAGUAGUUAACAGUAGCUAGUCUGCCUGAAAGUUUUAUUGGGUAAGAGUAUUGGAGUACUGGAACAUUGUAUUCAUUUGUGAUGCUUUAUUUUCCCCCUAAAGGUAACAUAAUUUUAAUUGUUACUGUGCCCUUAGGUUGCCAAAAUAAUGGAUUUUUCAGCGGUGCGUGGUUAGCCAUACAAGACGCCCCAGGCUUCUUUACUGGCUAUUUCAUAGGUUCUGGUUAGCCCUGAUCAAAAAAUGAAAGCACCCCCUUCAUUAACCAUUUUAUAUCCCUGUGGGUUUUUGGUUUUUUUAAAAUGGAUACUUGUAUCCGGAGGCCUUUCUCGUUGCAGCUGAGCAACUGUUGCAGGCAGAUUUGUGUGACGACGUGAGGUGUUAAACUUUCCUUCCCAGCCGACUGUACGUCCGGCAAUCCGCCCCCUUGCGAGGUUGUCGACCGCAUUGGAUUGGAUACGAGACCACGGGGCACACUACGCACUGAAACCUGGUGUUUAAACAGUAUAAGCCUCAAAUGACCCUUCUUCCUGCUUCCAUUUCAGAUUUUGGAGUUUGAGUUAUUCUUAUUCAUUUUCUUUGGUCAAGCGUAGCAGGUCCCAACUGAGCAAAAACAAUGUGUAUUCUGUAAACUAUUUGCUGGAAAAAGCUGAUUUUUUUUUGUGAGCUGUAGAGGCUGUUUUUGUUAAUAGCCUUGCCUUUGAGCUGGUGUGAUCUCCUGACACUGUUACUUUGUGAAAGCUACACUUUGACGUGUACAUACAAUUGUGUUGGAAUGAUUCCUGAAUCAUACCAUCCUUAUUGCAGGCAAAUAUCUCAGAAAGGGAGUCAUGUUACAUGAUUGAGUUUUGAGUCUUUAUUUUUUCCCCCAGAAAUCUUUUUAUAAAAUUGAAUAAAAAUUUUAACGUUUGGACGGAUCUCCUUGGAAAUUUAAAAUACGCAUAAUGUUAAAAAAUAUGAACAGUUACACAAAUACCCUAAUUGUUUCAGGUGUAAAAAUGGUUUGUAUAAAUGAAAAGUUUCUGUUCCCUUUUACUUCAUGAAGCGUUUGCCUAUUUUUCGUCUUUGAAGUUUUUUGAUUCUGUGCAACAGUUAUACAUUUUGUCACAUUCUUUUAAGUCACAUUGAACAAGCAUUUUGUAUAUAGUUUUUCCUUGAUUGUAAGAUUGUAAUCCAUUGUUGUAGUAAAAAAAAGCUUUGUACAA